UCUGAGAGGGCCUUGGACACCAUGAAUUUUGAAGUGAUCAAAGGUCGGCCCAUUCGAAUCAUGUGGUCCCAGCGAGACCCUGGCCUCAGGAAAUCAGGGGUUGGGAACGUAUUCAUCAAGAAUCUGGAUGACUCCAUUGACAACAAAGCCUUGUAUGAUACGUUCUCAGCCUUUGGGAAUAUCCUUUCUUACAAGGUGGUUUGUGAUGAGAACGGAUCCCGUGGUUAUGGCUUCGUUCACUUUGAGACUCAUGAGGCAGCAAAUCGGGCCAUUGACACCAUGAAUGGGAUGCUGCUCAAUGACCGCAAGGUCUUUGUCGACCAUUUUAAAUCUCGUAGAGAGCGGGAGGCAGAAUUUGGGGCAUGGGCGAUGGAAUUCACCAGUGUCUAUAUCAAGAACUUUGGGGAUGAUAUGGAUGAUGACAGACUGCGGGAAAUAUUCUCCAAGUUUGGGAAAACGCUGAGUGUCAGAGUUAUGAUGGAUGACACUGGUCGCUCGAAAGGGUUUGAGUUUGUAGCCUCAGAAGGCUGUGGCAGACAUGAACGGGAAGAAGCCCAGAAGGCUGUGGCAGACAUGAACGGGAAGCAGAUCAAUGGCCGGAUGGUGUUCGUUGGCCGAGCUCAGAAGAGGAUGGAGCGUCAGAGUGAACUGAAACGUAAAUUUGAACAGAUCAAACAGGAGAGAGUGAGCAGAUACCAGGGGGUGAAUUUAUAUGUGAAGAACCUGGAUGAUGGUAUUGAUGAUGAGCGGCUGAGAAAGGAGUUCUCUCCAUAUGGUACCAUUACUCGUGCAAAGGUGAUGACAGAGGGUGGACACAGCAAAGGGUUUGGGUUUGUAUGUUUUUCCUCCCCAGAAGAGGCUACCAAGGCCGUGACAGAAAUGAAUGGACGGAUCGUCAGCACCAAGCCUUUGUAUGUUGCCCUCGCUCAAAGAAAGGAAGAAAGAAAAGCAAUUCUCACCAACCAGUAUAUGCAGAGACUGGCCACCAUGAGGGCCCUGCCUGGCCCUCUCCUUGGCUCCUUCCAGGCACCCACAGGGUACUUCUUGUCUGCCAUCCCACAGCCACAAACCAGAGUUACUUUCUACAGUCCUAGCCCAGUUGCCCCAGUCCGUCCUGCCCCUCGGUGGAGCACACAGCCCUCCAGGCCUCCCUCCUACCACGCGGCUACUCUAAUCCUGAGGGCUGUAGCUCCACCUAGGCGCCUGCUAUCCAACAUCAGCACCAUGAGACAGGCAUCUACCCAGGUGUCCCGAGUGCCACCGCAUGCCCAGAGAGUGGCCAACAUAGGGACCCAGAUGCUUGGUGCCCGUGCACCCACCUCACCAUCCCUGCUGCGGGACGUGCCACAGUAUAAGUUCUCCUCAGCAGUGAGGAACAUCCAGCCGAUGGGAAGCGUGGCACCUAUGCUGGUACAACAGGCUGGAGAACCUGCUGUUCAUAUUCAUGGGCAGGAGCCUCUGACUGCAUCCAUGCUCGCUGCAGCUCCCCCUCAGGAGCAGAAGCAAAUGCUAGGUGAACACCUUUACCCCCUAAUCCAUGCCAUGCAUGCCUCCUUGUCUGGGAAGAUCACAGGAAUGCUGCUAGAGAUUGAUAACUCGGAGCUGCUGAGUUAUCCAGUGGCAAAAAGUUCAUGA